ACCACCAUCCAUAUGGCUACCAUCUUCUCCAGCGGCAGCUUCGUUUCCAGCAGGUCCUCUAUGGGCUCCUCACGCUUCUCUGCAGGUGGAGGAGGUGGCGGCAUCAGCUCUAUGAGGGCUGGCAGCGUGUACGGAGGCGCAGGAGGUUCAGGGGUCCGUAUCUCCAGUGCCUCUCGCUCCAUGGCCUCAGCAGGUUCAGGAAGCGGCUUUGGCUAUGGAGGUGGAUUUGGUGCUGCAGGUUCAGGAUUCGGUGGUGCUGCAGCUGGAGGAGGAUUCAGCAUCAGCGGUGGAGCAGAUGACAGCAUCACUGGCAAUGGAAAGUUCACCAUGCAGAAUCUCAACGACCGUCUGGCUGCUUACCUGGAGAAGGUUCACUCCCUUGAAAAGGCCAACGCUGACCUCGAGUUGAAGAUAAGCCAAUUCCUUGAUAACAGAGUCUCUCCUACAGGUGCUACUCAUAACUUCUCUGCCUUCGAAGCUACUAUCAGUGACCUCCAGGCUAAAAUCUUGAGUUCCUUGAAGGAAAAGAACACAGUGCACCUCAGCAUUGACAAUAUCAACUUGGCUGCAGAUGACUUCAGAAUGAAAUAUGAGAACGAGCUGGCGAUGCGUCAGUCUGUGGAAGCCGACAUCGCAGGGUUGAAAAACGUUCUCAGCGAGCUCAACAUGAGUCAUAAAGACCUCAACCUGCAGAUCGAAGAGCUCACCGAGGAGCUGGUCUACAUUAAGAAGAAUCAUGAGGAGGACCUCUUGACCUCUCGUGAUCAGAUGAGUGGACAGGUCAACGUGGAGAUUGAUGCCGCACCACAGGAAGACCUCACCAAAAUUCUAGCUGAGAUGCGUGAGCACUACGAGACGGUCGUAGCCAAAAGCCAGAGAGACCUUGAAGGCUGGUUCCAGCAGAAGUCUGAGACCUUGAAACAAGAGGUGGUAACAAGCACAGAGACCUUGGAGAUAUCGAAAACCGAGGUCAACGCCGUGAAGAGCACAGUACAGUCCCUGGAGGUGGAGCUUCAGUCUCUUGUUGCCAUGAAAUCAUCCAUGGAAAGCACCCUGAGUGAGACUCAGAAUCGCUACGCCCUGAAGCUGUCUGGCUACCAGGCACAGGUGGGUGGAAUGGAGGGUCAACUGGGACAGCUUCGUGGAGAUCUGGAGCGUCAGAGUCAAGAGUACCAGAUGCUUCUGGACAUCAAGACCAGACUGGAGAUAGAGAUUGCAGAGUACAGAAGACUGCUGGAUGCAGAAGCCAGCGGCAGCCUCACAAUCUCAGGCAACUCUGACUCCAGCUCCUCCUCCGGCUCGAUUGCUUCCACUAAAACAGCUAUGAUCACCGUUGUGGAAGAGGUGGUUUCUUCAACAUCCCUUGUUAAGUGAAGCG